AGCUGCAGCUCAGCGCUCCCAGGGGGCCCAGCGGCGGCGGAGAGGUGAUCGCUGUAUCCUGAGCCCCCGGCGGCUCCGCAUUGUUCUCUCCCGGCUCUCUGUGCGGCAGUUACAGCUUGGAUCUGCCCUGUACCCACCAUGCCCACCUUCCUCCUCCUCAUUCUGCUCCUGGGCACCGGGGCCCCUACCCCCACCAGAAGCCCCUCCGAACCCCCGGACCCUUCAGAUGCCCCCCAAGUGGACCCCCUGUUCAGCUUCAGGGAGGAGGAGGCGAGUCUGAACGACAUGUUCCGAGAGGUGGAAGAGUUAAUGGAGGACACCCAGUCGAAGCUGCAGAACGCAGUUAAAGAGAUGGAGGCGGAGGAAGUCUUGGCUCACCGCUUACCGGGAUGGGCCCAAUUACCUAAUAAUCAUAACGAGUCCGUCACAGAGAUGGGAAAUGAAACGAUCCACUCGCAGAAGGAAAUGACUAAGAAUACAGAUAAUCACACAGGAUCCACAUUGUACUCUGAGACUGUAAUAACUUCACUGAAGAACAACAGCAAGAGGCAUCAAGAGUGCAUUGUCGACGAGGACUGUAAAUCUGGGAAUUACUGUUACUUUGCAGAUUCCGAAUACAAAUGUCUCCCGUGUAAAGCGACGGAGCCGUGCACGAGGGACGGCGAAUGCUGCGAGGGGCUCUGUGUUUGGGGUCAGUGCGCCCACGUUACUAAGGGAGAAGGGGGGACCAUCUGCGAGAGCCAAGAGGACUGUAACCCCGGAUUCUGCUGCGCAGUUCAUUCAGAUCUCCUGUUCCCCGUUUGCACCCCCCUGCCAGGGGAAGGGGAACCCUGCUUGGACCCUUCCAACAAACUCGUGGACAUAAUGAACUGGGACGUACAGCCGGCCGGAGUGCUGGGCCGGUGCCCCUGCUCCCAAGGACUAGUGUGCCAGCCUCAGAGUCAUGCCUUGGUAUCCACGUGCCAAGAGCCUUCACCCGACGACAGCAAAAGAUCUGAUUUGGAGGUGCCCGAGGUGAUCCCCCCAUUCAUAGGCAUAAUGCCCCAGGAGGGGCAGUACUAUGAAGAUGGAACUCAACUGUCGGAUGGACCGUAUGCCAGCCCUUCAGAGGAGAGUCGCAGCUUGGAAUCGCGCUAUGGAGAUCCGUUACUGGCCGCGGCCAAGAGAGUCAGCGUGGAUGUCCCAGAGGAGGUGCUGCCAUUCGUUGGCAUCAUGGAAGAGCGAGAUUACGAGGACAGUGACGUAGUGCCAACAUCAGACAGCGUGCCAACAUCAGACGGAGUGGACGCCGGCCCAUUAGAGGAAACAUACGAGACAGAACCAGGGUUGGUUGAGAAGAGUCCAUUUGAUGAUUAUAAAUAAGACCAUUAACUCGAAUCCAGACGCCCAACGACCUCAUCAGUGGCCAAUUUGACCUAUAUCGCCUAUCGAUUCGGUUGCCUUAGGACUGGAUAAUGGGUGGGUAAUGUGGUUGGCUGGUAAAUGCAUAGAGACUGGUGUUACCACAAUACUAGAACUAAGCGACCACUCAAGACCCGGUGACUGUCUAGGACACUCACUGGGCAAGGGGUUGAAGUUGAUGGACAGUUGCCUUUUUCAUAGCUUGCACCUCCAUCUAAUCGGACACACGAACCAGGUCAUAGCGCCGUAACCCCCAGCAACCAGUCACUGUCUACGUUGCACUUCAAGGUUAAUGGCCGACUGGCUGCUCUAGGUAACCGCACUCAUUCUGGGUCAGAACCUGGUUUAGCCAGCAGGAUUAGGAACCAGAUUCUGUAACCUCGGAACACUAGCCCUAAACAGUAGCCAUUUUAGCACCUAAACUAAUGGGAUGGGGAUUGUCAUCCACCAAGGCCAUAUUGCUUGCUGCAUCACGCUUAAUGACCACUAGAUGGAGUAUAGACCACGAGUCUAUGUAGAACAGGGGUCCUCAAACUUCUUAAGCAAGGGUCCCUCAGACUGGGCUGGACCCAGCUCCCCCCCCUCCCACUCAAUCCUCUCUCAGCCAGUGCCGUCCGUCCUCCCUCUCAGCUCCCCGCUGAGUCCUCUCUCUCCGCUGCCAGGGGUGAGGACGCAGCGGGGGCCGGGUAAAUUAACCUGGGGGGCUGGAUCCGGCCCGCGGGCCUUAGUUUGAGGAUCCCUGAUGUAGAACGUCUCAGCCGAGGCAAGUAAUAUGGCUCCCAUUGUAGCAAUCACCCUGUAAAUGGGCAAAUGCAUGACGCUGCCGUUGGAUGUGAACCGGCCAGCAGGGGGCGACUCCAACUGGCGAUCCUUUCAAGCAAAGGCGUCACAUCCAACGGGAAAAGAUUCUGAGCAACUUCCCCAGUCGUAACGGGGACGUUGCCCGGUUUGGCAUCACCAUAGAGGGAAUGAUAUAUUUAUGUACAAGCAGAAUGGCAGCUUCUUGGUCUUCACCGAUGUUCCAGAACCGUACGCUGUAUUGCUUCAGAACUUUCUCUCUGUUGGACACUUGCAAUAAUAAAGCGAAUGUCAAUUUGA